UUAGAGUGAUGGCUGAUGUGUUUUUUUCGUUGUUCCCUUAUCGUCAACGCCAGUGUGGUGCGGAGGCAGUGUCUCCGCAAAAGAGAAGCAGCGGCUGGGCGUAAAGAAUGAGCUCCCUUCACCUCUUCUCUCCUUUUUCUUCCUCCUCCUCUGCUGCUCCUCUUAUUCGCAGUCCUUUUCCCUCCUCCUUCAUCGUGCCUUCGCACCUCUCGAUGGCGAGGCCUCGCUCCGUCCGCUGCACGCCCAUGCGCUCCAAGUUCUCCUCCUCUUUCCCCCGAAUCUACGCCUUCUCGAGCAACGACAUCAAGGUAGGAUCCAACAUCGAAGUCGAUGGUGCUCCCUGGCGUGUUCUCGAGUUUCUCCAUGUCAAACCUGGAAAGGGGGCAGCUUUCGUGCGGACCAAAGUGCGUAACUACUUGACAGGCAACACAGUUGAGAAAACCUUCCGAGCUGGAAGCACGAUUCUAGAGGCAAAUAUUGCCAAGGAAACCAAACAGUUCACAUACAAAGACGGCGCUCAAUAUGUGUUCAUGGAUCUGACAACUUUUGAGGAAUUUCGUCUGACUGAGGCAGAUGUUGGUGAUAAAAAGAAAUGGUUGAAAGAAGGAAUGGACUGCAACUUGCUCUUCUGGAAUGGACGGGUAAUUGAUUUUGAACUUCCCAUCAUAGUGAAGCUGACUGUGGUUGAUGUGGAUCCUGGUCUAAAAGGUGACACUGUACAAGGGGGAUCAAAACCAGCAACUCUAGACACAGGUGCUGUUGUGAAUGUGCCACUGUUUGUGAGCAUGGGCGAAGAGAUCUUAGUUGAUACUAGAACCGGCCAGUAUACAAGCCGAGCAUAGGGAAGCUGUCUCAACGAAUCGUCUCAGAUGAGUUCUUUUUGCAGCUUGUCUUGCAGUCACAGAAUCAUUGCAAGUUAAGGUUGUCAUAUAAAGUUUUGCAGCUUGUGAUUAAGCUGGCGGUUUUGGUAUCAUUCUUUAACAUCUUUUGCACAUUAUUGAAUGAUGGAUAUUGUCAAUAACACAAUUGUUACCUUCAAGCUCUUAGAAUCACUUGAUACCUUGCAUUA